AUGCAUCUCCCUUCCAUCCUCCUCGGUGCCACUAUCUCAGGCAUAGUCACUGCUAGGCCUAUCGAUCUAGAUAUCCGUCAGGCUUCUUGUCCUAGCUACAGCACUGGUGAGCCCCAGGGUCCUUCUGCCGGAUUUCAAACUAUGAACACCAAUGUUCUUGCGCAGAAGCCCGGUGGUAGAGUCUACAGCACAAUCUAUCCCGCCGACGUCUUUGGAAUAACCACAGGUGGUACUCAAGAUAUCAUAAAUCAUAUUCACGCCACACUCGCAUCCAACCCUGCUGAAUGCUUCAUUCUCCAAGGCUAUUCUCAGGGCGCAACCGCAGUGGUCAAAACUCUGCCUCAACUCACUGGUCCCGCUUUCGAUGCUGUCAAAGCAGUCUUGCUCAUCGGCAACCCAUUCCACAAGGCCGGCCUUGAAUGCAACGUUGACUCCAAUGGUGGUACCUUGACAAAGGAUGUCAACGGUGUUUACGAGCCGUUACACCCAGGACUCAGUGUCCCAUCGAACUGGGUCUCAAAAACAAAAGACGUCUGCGCAUUCGGUGACUUCGUCUGUGACACUCGCGACGGCCCUCUCAUCGCCGCCCAACACCUAUCUUACCCUUUCAACCCUGCAACGCAGGACAUGGGCACCGCGUUCAGUCUCGCUCAACUCAACGGAAGCUCUUGA